AUGGAGGAGGAGGAGGAGGAGGAGGAGGAGGAGGAGGAGGAGGAGCCGAGGAUCAUGUUUACCACUUGCGUGAGGGGUGUCGAUUCCGUGCCUGUGAUGGGUGGUGCGCGACAGGUUCGUGUGUGUGUUGUAUGUGCUUUGUGGUUAAGGGGUUUGGCUUGCGGGAUUUUGCGGUGGCUGAAUAUGCGAUGGCAGUGUGGACAAGUAAGGCGUGGGUAAUGGGUGUAUUUCGGUGCUCCAGGCACUGGUUAGUCGGUCUCUGUGCGAUGGAAUCGCAAGUGGCCGACCAGGCCGACGCACGAUAUCAAGUUGCGAUCGCCAUGGGCGCAAAUUAGAAUCGAGUCCACAUUAAGUACGUACUCGUGUAAUUGGUGACAGGCAACAUGACAAGCCGUACAGCCUCAAAUCCCUUUAUCACAGCAGACAUAAUAAUACCCAAUAAUGGUUAAUCCAGAGCGAAUAACUGAAUGUCCGAUCCUUAUUAUCACCCCGUCGGUAAAAUAUCCUAACAGAGAAAAAACAUGUCGGAUUCCCUGACCCAUAACAGUUAAGAGCAGCGAUAAGUGUACGUUAACCCGCACUUUUCGAAUAAUAACGCGGACAAGGUCUUUGUAAAGCUUGAAGUCUGAACACGAUGCACUGACAUGGCAGGGAGUGAACGACCUCUGGCGCAUUGGACGUAAGAGCACACUAGUUUACGCACAGGAUUUAUCAAAGGAAAAACUUUUUCUUCACAUGUAAGAAGGCCUUCUUCUGGAAGACAAAGUCAAAAGUUUACAGGAGUCCAUUGUUGAAAAUGAGACCUUUAUGCCCCCUCUGUGGGGUGACGAGGCGGGGAAGGGAGUUGAGCACAGUCUGUUUCAGGGCACAAAAUCCAGUUUUUCCGAAAACACGAGCACGACCUGCUCUAAGUUCGACUACCUAAAUGCAGAGGGGUAGGAGGAAAAAAACACUUUCAGGGGGUUUUGAUGAAAUGAAAGGUUUGAGUGCAAUGUUAGGAAACAAAAAGCCUUCAAAUGACAUCAUGCCACUGGCUUUUUACACAGGGAGCGAAACGCAAACCCCUGCUAACGCAGCCACAAUUUAGGAGAGCUAAAGCGACUACUACUCAGAGCGGCCCAAACGAAACGAGCAGGCUCAGUAGGGAGGAUCGGCGGCUGGUUUAUUGGUGAGGUGACGCUCUGAGAUGGCAGCGUGGGACCUCCUUUUAAAUGGUAAUUUCAGUCGGCAGUGGCAAGUCGUAAAAUGCACAGAAUGACCUAUGUACCUCCCUCUUUUGCUGUUAAGUUACGUAUAUCUGUCUUUCGUCAGAACACAGUAGAACGCCCCGUUAAGGGGCGCUCACAGGGGGCCGCUUAACAAGCAAUCAACUGGGAUAACCGUGAUAACUUUUGCAGUUGCCUCGUUUAUUAAGGUGUUUCUUAAGUCCCACCAAUAUGCCAGUUUCGCUCAUUGAUCUGAUCGACGAUCUUCAUGAUUACGAUUGCAGAGGCAAGGGUGUAUGAACAACAGUCACUGAACGAGACCCACACAUACAGCCGACGACCAACACGGAUUGGGAGUGCCUCCAUCCCCCCUCCGCAACGUUUAGACAAAGGUUUACGCAAUAAAUAAAGGGACGGUCAUAAGAGGAGCCACCAUAACGAUCGUAGAAAACGAUGUUUGAGGGGGCAAAUCUCAAUAGCUGUGGUCAGAAAGGCGCUAAGAGAGUCAGCUGCUAUAACCCAAACCGAGUUCUUUGGUGCAAAUCACGUCUAUUCUUUACUAACGUCUCCUUGAGGACCUGCGUCCAGCUAGUCCCUCAGUACCCUAGCCUAGUCGAUUUUCAUACUGGGGAGUUCUAGUCGGAGUCGAACCUUAAGAGUCAUCGCGCUCUAUGGCAGACACCAGUAAACGGGACAUCAGUCUUACCAUAUCUCUGUUAGUUGUGAUCUCUGGUGGAGGCCGGCCUCCAGGAGAAGGGGGAGUAAAAAGGUGCCUUCAUGGUGAGAGAAAGGGCUACAAAUUUCCUGUCGGAAAGAGCACCUCACGACGGUGAAAUUUGUUACUACGCCUUACCGCGGCACCCAGAAUGGGCGCCGCUGUAGAUGCGGUUUACGACAAUUUAGGUCGGACUGACCCACGGCACGCUUUUGUCGAGCUGUUCUGAGCCAUAUAAGCCUACAACUACUGCCGUAGUGUAUACUGUGGCAUGGAAGUCGGCCAGACGACGGCAUGACUCGGUUCUCAUGUGAGUGUUUUGGAAUGACUGGAGGGCCGAGAUUAAAGCCACAAUGUCUCCUUAAUAUGGCCUUUAUGAUAUCCCCAUUUAUGCGAGAUUCAAGUCGCCCUAACAGUAGCCUGGACACGCAGUGGGGACAAGGUCGUGCACGGUACGCGUAGGCGGCCAUCACAACGGGCUGUACUGUAGGUGCGUUGGAUCAAGACAGGAAUCAGACUGACCCACAGUACGCGUUACUCGGGUUGAGCGUGUUGGGAGUGCCAACAAAAACAAGAGCCAACCAAUCACUGGAGACUACGUGCGUUUGCUCUCUCUACAGCGCUGUCAUCUCAAUCGAGCGCCUCACCAUUGGCUACUCCCCUCUUCCCGAAGGUCAUUGGGCCGAAUGCCGGCGAACCACUGUAG